CGCUGCAGGAAGCAACAUGACUUAGGUGGCUGCCCAGAGGCCCCAGGCAUCUCCAGGGCUGCUCCUGCAGCUGGCCUGGCCCUCUCCCCAGGUGCACCAGCCAUGACGCCGCAGCCGCAGGUGGAGACAGAUGCCAUCGGGGCCGGCGAGGGGCCGCAGCGGGCUGCGCCCUGGUCAGCCUGGGCCACGCGGCAGGCCUGGGUGCGCUGGUGUCUGUGCCACGUGCCUCGGAGCUGGGCCCAGUGGUGGGCCACGUCGGGCUGGCGGCAGCCACUCCAGCGUGCGCUGUGGGGGCUGGAGGGGAUCCUCUACCUGCUGCUGGCGCUGACGCUGUGCCACGCGCUCUUCACCACCGGCUCCUACCUGCUGAGCUCCCUGUGGCCCGUCGUGGCCGCCGCGUGGCGCCAUCUGCUGCCAGCCAUCCUGCUGCUGGUGCUCAGCGCCCUCCCCACCCUGCUCUUCACCGCCUCCUUCCUGCUGCUUUUCUCCACGCUGCUGAGCCUCGUGGGCCUCCUCACCUCCAUGUCUCACCCAGACUACACUCAGGACUUGGACCAAUAGAAGGGCAACCCCA